GCAGAUUCUUAACCACUGUGCCACCAGGGAAGCCCAAUAAUCUUUCUUAAAUAAGCAUUUUUAUUACCUCAUUUUUGGACUCAGGGUCUAAUAGACUGGUGAGGUCUGUUUCAUUAUUUGUUCUUUCAGGAGAUUUCUCUUGUUCUUUUUAUUGGGAGUAGUUCCUCUGUUUUUUAACUUUCUCUGUCUCCGUGAAUUUAGGAGAAACCAUUAUCUACUUUGAUCUUGAAGGGGUGUUUCCCUGUGUAGACUGUGUGAGUCUGUUAUUUUGGUGCAAGGGCUUGUUUUGGUAUAGAUGCCAGCCACUUCUUUCUUCAGAGUGUGCUGGCUGUUAUCCCAUUGAUAGGGGUUGUAAUAGGUGUUGUGGUGUGCAGAACCUGUGCUAGAUGAGGAGCAGGGCCUCCUCUUUGCUCCAUGGCUGUCACCACCCUGUUGGGGGCAGUGUCUGCUCCCCAGUUGUUGAAGAAGCCCUAAUGGUUGGGUGCAGUUAGGUUCAGUUGCCCUUGAGUGUGUGGUCUGCCCCAAAGGAGGUGACCGCAGAAGCAUAUAAGGCCUGUGUAGUCACAGUGAACCUGUGCACCUGUAGUUGCCCACGGUUUCGCCCAGAAGCAGCCCAUGGUCUCGUCCCUUUCUCUGUUGUGUUCAUCCCAGACCCAGUGCUAGGCUGUGGUGCAGAGUAGGCUGGGGCUGGAGGCUGUGACUGCAGGAAUUGAGGUUGCUGUGCUGCACCUGGGACCUGGGCAGCCUCUGUGGUAGACCUCUACCAGGACCUGCCAGCCCCACAUCCAGCUCCACCCUGCAGUGCGAAGUGGGUGGAGCUGGAGCCAGAGCACUCCCACGGGAAACGUACCACUGCGUACUCCUGCCCAGGGCCUGUCUGCUCAAGACGCAGCAUCCAGCCACUCUGCUUUUUUAUGGCACCACCUAUGCAUGCGCUGACCAAGUCUGCUGCAGCCGACCUGCCCCUGCUGUCCACACACCUACCACAGGCUCCGAGGUUCUCCCCAGACCACACCUCAGACUCUUCAAGUUGUCUCUGUGCAGCUAUAUCGAGUCCUCUCCCAGGGACUUGGAGAUUUGGCAGUUAGCCACUGCACGUAAUUGUGGCACGGCCCGGUGCAGCACUGACAGUGUCUGCUCAGUUUGAUCCACCACCCGCAUGUGUGCACUGACAGUGGUCUCUGCAGUUUGGCCCUGAUCCACCUCAGGCGGCCCAGUCUGUAUGCGCAGCUAGAUUGAAUCUCUGCCCUUAUCUCACACCAGGCUGAGGUGUGGAGUAAGCGGGACCCAGGCGUUCACCCCUCCGGAUUGGGAAGUGUGGCAAGGCGGCAUCCGCCAGUGCUGGUCUCUUUUUGCCCUGAUUGUUAGCAAGCCAGCAUGCACACACUCCUCACAAGCAGAGUCUAGGCUUCUCCAGCCCCUCUAUCUGACUCAGCAGAUUUCCCAGCAGGCAAUGGGGCUCCCCGGGCCAAGCGUCUGCCUGUAUGGACCGUCUCUCCUUUACAGAUGGGAAUGGUAAAAUAUUUGGUUUGAGAGCUAGAUUGGGAACAGAAUUAAAGAGCCUCAUACACCCAAAUAAGAACUAUAGGCAACUAGAAGUAACAGAAGUUUUUAAGAGAAGUACCAUGCUUAGAGGUCAGAUGCUUUCAUGCUCAGGAGUAUAAGUGACGAGAAUAAUUACUUUGAUACUUUCUGAGACUUCAGUAAAUAUUGGUGGAUAGAGUCAUAGAUUUUUCUCCUCAUAUAUGUUUUUAAAUUUUAAACUAAUAUUCAUAAUUAUAGCUGAAAGCAGUAUCAAUCAUUUCUCAGAAAUGCUAUCUGAAAGCACUCUCAUGGUAUUAAGUAACGUUAAAGUUUUAGUUAAGGCAGGAUCUGUGACUCAAACUAAACUUUAUCUUCAACAGAUUUUUAUUGGGUACCUAAAGUAGUAUUGUGCCUAGCCAUCAGUAAGUUUUAUAUUUGAAUUGGAGUACAUAUAUAUAUAUAUAUGUAUAUGUAUAUUUGAUGGUAAUGAGUGGAGAGUGAGUAGGAAGCAAGACUGAAUGGUAAAAAUAGGGCCUAGUUAUGAGGGGGCCUGAGAGCCAGGAAGAGGAGUUUAGAUUUGACAUAGAAACAAUUCAGAUUUUGUUUACUGAAAGAUUUUGAUUGAGGUGACAGUGAUGAAGAUGAUAUAUGGACAGCUAUACUCUGUUUAUUUAUCACUAUACUAUGUUAUUUACCCUUUUACCAUAGGGUAAAUUGCUAGAUCUAGAAAUUGGAGAUAGGGUGAAAGGCACGCAGAGAGGCUAUUUACCCAAAAUUAUGCAGAUAACGUAGUAGUAAAACCAAUCUAAUUUUAGAGUCUGUAAUCUUAAAAAAAAUUAGCCCAAACCUAAGUAAACUCAUUUCAUGUGAGAGUGAUAAGCCCUGAUUCUCUCCACAUUCAAUUCCAAGCAUCAAGUAAGGAUUUCAAAGACAUACAGCUAUUUCCCUACAUGCCUUGAAAUUAUGAGGAACACCAGAUGGUCCUUAUCUUACCCUACUCUAACCUACAAAAGAACAGUUCCCGUAGUCAUUAUUUUACUAUUUUAUCAUUCAGGUCUUAACUACCCUUAGGCCAAAGGAGGUUGUAUUAAUAUAUAAUAUUUAGUACCCAAGGUCUGAGAAAACUUACUUAGGAUUUUGUUCAAUUAAAUUGGGUUAGACUGAAAGUGGAUAUUAUAACUCUGCAGUAUGGCAGAGAGAUGAUAUGCCCAAACAUUAUUGGCAGAUACCAUAUAUAUAUGGUAUACAAGUAUAUAUAAGUAACAUAAAUUGUUUAAUUUCUUUUGCUAAGUUGGAAAAAUAAUCUAUACCUUAGUAUAUAAAAGUUACUUCUAAAGAUAUUAUAAAAGGUUUUACUGUCUUUUAAGUGUAUCCCUUUAACUGUCUUUUUCUUGCAUUUAAAGAAGCAACAGUAUCACCAAAAUUUAAUUUUUUCUACGCUCAGGUGACAUAAGAAGUUGUACAAACAAAAUUGGAUCAGGAGACCUGGGUUCUAAGAUUUGGCCCUGCCAUUAGCUAGCUAUACAACUCUGGGCAAAUCUGUGAGCCCCUGGGAACCUAAGUUGCCCCAUUUAUGAAAUUAAGGAGUUAGAUUCGAUGAUCACAAAUGAAAUAUCCCAAUACUAUAAUUCUCCCUAUACACUUAUGCACAUGUAAGAUAAGAUACCAGAUAUAACCUGGUUUAAACCACUUUGGUAUUUUGGAAAGAAAAGGGUAAACUUUUAAGAUUUUAAAAGAGCACGCUGUGUCGUAAGUGACUUUAUCAAAUAAAAUUUCAUUAAGGACUUUGACAGAGACUGAAAGACAGCCAGAGUAAUGUGAUUGCUCCAUUCUGAGCAGUUUUUCAGGACUGGUGGAUCAACCAACUAAGAAUCUAUUUAUGUAAUUACUCAUUUAUUAAAACAUGGAAAUUCAUAGAGAACAAACCUAGGUCUAACUAAUAAUAUUAAAAAUUGGCUUGCAGUCUGAAAAAAAGAAAAGAAGGAGCUUCCCUGGCAGUUAUGGCUAACCUGUCUUACUCCAAACCUAGACAGCGUGAUGUUUUGGGGAUGGUUUUUUUUUUUUUCCCCUUAUAAAACCUUCCAAGACAAAUGAUUUAACAGCUUUAGUUUGCAGAAAUCAAACUUCCAGAGCAAUCUGUAUUGCAGCAAUUGAAAAGGAAAGAAUUGAAUUGAGCUUUAUUUUUAAAACAGGGCAAUAGUCAAAACUAUGUAUACUAAAUUUGCCUAAACUCCACUGUAAAUGACUAAAAACUUUUAUGAUUCUCAGUUAAUCGUGAUUGCAUUCAGUGCCUCUCUAGUUUUGUUCAUCUUAGUUUCAAAGAAAUAAUUGCUAAUGUUUUCUGGAAUGUUUGUUAGUAUUUUCCAAGGUAGUCAGGAAACAAAGGGAGACCCAAGAUUUAAUGACUAAACAAAAACUCCAAGAGACCUAUCCACAGUGGCAUUGUUUUAGCCAUUCUUCAUCCUGUAACAUGGGCUUAUAAAGAUGUGAGUGGAGAGUUUUCAAUCCUCCACCUCAAGUUUCCUUUGGGGGUCAGUUGCCUUUAGGGUCAAUUGAAGGUCAUACUUAAGCUGGGGGGACUUUUGAGUAAUUAACCCUAGAUAGGUUCCUAAAUGGUUUAUUUGAUGUCUCUUGGAACCAACAGCCAUAUCUCAAGAGGAUUAAAAACCCAAGUAAAGUGUAGCACCAGCUCUGCUAUGGCUUCUAGCCUACUAAAAAUUCAUAACCAAACAUUUGCUAACACUCGACCAUUCUCCAAGUCACUUGUUCUCCUAUCAUAGUACACAUUCGUGAUCCUAAUUGAUGAGGUUUUCAGGCUAAACAAAAUUAUUUUAAUUCCAUCGUUUUGCUAUUUAAUAGAAAUAAAAUCAGAUAAAUAAUGAUAAUUGUGAUGACAAAAUACUUCUGCAGAAAUUUUCUUAUUUAAUAAUGGUAUUUGUUAUUAUCUCCAUUUUUCAAAAAAACUUGAGAGAGGUUGCAGUAACUUUUUCAACAUUACACAACUGGUAAUUGGCAGAGUCAGAAUUUAAGCCUAGAGAGGAAUCUUUUCACUAAACUAAAGCAGAUGAAAACAUAAAUGGAAUUAAAACUUGGAUUUUUUUGAGGGAGUCAGUAGUUUUAUGGCAAUGCCUAUCAUACUUUGCAUAGGAUACAAAAGACUUCACUUGAAUGGGGUUUGUUUUUUAGGGAGGUAGUUUUUCGCUUUUUUUAAUACAUAGUACAGAUGCCACUGUCUAUUGUUUAGGUUGACAGUUCCAUUCAGUUCAGUUGCCAACGAUGAUACUUAAACAGUACAUAUUUGGCCUAAAGAAAAAAAAAAGAGGUUAGAACAAAAGUGUGUGAAGAAAAAUUAUUAUGGAGAAAAGGGACAUGAUUAAGUGAAGGAUAUAAAGAGUAAUUUUAGAAGUUAUGGCAGCUUCUAAUAAAGUUUGUGUAUGCAGUUUCUCACCAGGUGCUGAAGGUUAGUUUCCUUCCUGGCUGGAAGCUCCCCAGAAAGGAUUUACGGCAGCUUUGUCCUCAGAAAGCUUUACCUUUAAUCAGAUAAAGGGAAUCUCAGAAAAGGCUUCUUUCUGCAUCUUGCUGUAUCUCAUAUGUCUUCAGUUUAAGUUGAAAAAUAUGUGGAAGUUUCCAGGAGGCCUGUCAGAGCCUGGAGAAGAUAUUGGAGAUACAGCAGUUCGAGAAGUUUUUGAAGAGACUGGUAUAAAGUCAGAAUUCAGGUCCCUCCUGAGUAUUCGGCAACAGCACACCCAUCCUGGAGCUUUUGGAAAGUCAGAUAUGUAUAUUAUCUGCCGCCUAAAGCCAUAUUCAUUCACCAUAAAUUUUUGCCAGCGUGAAUGCUUAAGGUGUGAGUGGAUGGAUCUCAGCGACCUAGUCAAGACUGAAAAUACAACUCCGAUCACCAGCAGAGUUGCUAGGCUGCUGCUGUAUGGAUACAGAGAAGGGUUUGACAAGAUUGAUCUGACCAUGGAAGAACUUCCAGCAGUUUACACAGGCUUGUUCUAUAAAAUCUAUCACAAGGAACUGCCAGACAGUUAUAAAACUAUGACAGGCAUGGAUUAGAUUUAUAUUUACAUGGUUUUAAAAUGUUUAAG